AUGUCCUCAGAAGCAGAGUCUUUAACCAAAGAGCAGAAACAAUUUCUUGAUGAAUGUAAAUUGGAGUUUUCUGAUCGUUUCACCUCUUCAGAUCUUGCUUACAUGAAAAUAUACGAAUCUGGCAUUCCUACACCACCUGUGUUUUAUCCAUGGAAUAACAGAAGGUUCAACAAUAGAGAACGACCAGGAUCAAGUAGAAAUGAUCAGUAUAGGAACAGACACUCACCCAAUCAGCAAAGUUAUUAUAGGGGAACUGAAAGAGAUAGAAGACAAAAUGAUAGAUAUUAUAGACCAUACAACUGA